AUUGAGAAAGAAGAGGAUUGGAAGGCCGGGCGUAUAAAGCCGCGCAGAGAGCGUGAAACAAAGCAGUCGGAAAGGAAUUGGACUUGGGAGGCGCGGUGUGGAGUCAGGCAUAAAACUUGUUGGAGGGGAGUAAGGAGCUUGUUCCUCGCGCUCUCUCCUCUGCCUCUGCGCUUCACGGGGUUCCCACCAGCCUUGCUAUCUAUUUUUAUACCUGCUUUUUAUAUAGAGAGAAAUAUAUAUAUACAUAUAUUUUCUUCUUAAGAGAAAAUUCCUGUUCCAAGAGAAAAUAAGGCAACAUCAAUGAAGGAGAGAAGAGCCAGCCAGAAAUUAUCCAGUAAAUCUAUCAUGGAUCCUAAUCAGAAUGUGAAAUGCAAGAUAGUAGUGGUGGGGGACAGUCAGUGUGGCAAAACCGCACUGCUGCACGUCUUCGCCAAGGACUGCUUCCCCGAGAAUUACGUUCCUACAGUGUUUGAGAAUUACACGGCCAGUUUUGAAAUCGACACACAAAGAAUAGAGUUGAGCCUGUGGGACACUUCGGGGUCGCCUUACUAUGACAACGUCCGUCCCCUCUCUUACCCAGACUCGGAUGCUGUGCUGAUCUGCUUUGACAUCAGUAGACCAGAGACUCUGGACAGUGUCCUAAAAAAGUGGAAAGGUGAAAUCCAGGAGUUUUGUCCUAAUACCAAAAUGCUGUUGGUCGGCUGCAAAUCUGAUCUUCGGACAGACGUUAGUACAUUAGUAGAGCUCUCAAAUCACAGGCAGACACCAGUGUCGUAUGACCAGGGGGCAAAUAUGGCCAAACAGAUCGGAGCAGCUACUUACAUCGAAUGCUCAGCUUUACAGUCAGAAAAUAGUGUCAGAGACAUUUUUCACGUUGCCACCUUGGCAUGUGUAAAUAAGACAAAUAAAAACGUUAAGCGGAACAAAUCACAAAGGGCCACAAAGCGGAUUUCACACAUGCCUAGCAGACCAGAACUCUCGGCAGUUGCUACGGACUUACGAAAGGACAAAGCAAAGAGCUGCACUGUGAUGUGAAUCUUUCGUUAUCUUUAAUGAGGACAAGGGAAUCUGGUGUAAAAAACAACAGCCAAGCAAAAAGGUGACGUCUGAAUGAAGUGCACAGCCAAAGUCACAUACACUCGAGGCUUAGGAAGCAUUUGAGAGGAUGCUCAUCUUUUUGGAAUCCUGUCCUUAGGUUUGGCAUGUAGACCAAGUGGUGAGAAGUCAGUACAUGGAAGAGUUUUGAGGUGUGACUUGAAAAAUAUGCCAAAAAAAGAGAGAGAAAUAAAUGAGCUAGAGGAAGAUGAGGAGGAAUGCGAGUACCUCCAAGAAGAAAAAUCACACUUUG